GGGUCCUGCACAGGUUAGAACGCAGGGGAAGAACUGCCCAUCCAGGCCCGCCACUCGACGGUCGCGUACGAAUCUUUUCCAGCGAAUGAGGCCCAGAGGAUCCAUUCGAUCGCGUCCCGGAGGAAACCAAGCGGCCAGCAGGGGCCGCCCCACAGCCCGCCCUCACACCCGGCGCCUGCGGGAGCCGACUGGCAGGCCGAGCCGGAAGCGGGCCGGACCCGCCGGAAGUGACGCACAAUCGGCGCGCCGGCGGCGUCCCUCGAGCGCGCGGUUUCCUCAGGUCCGCCGCGUCCCUGUGUUCUCUGGGAGCAGGCUGUCCCGGGCGCAAUGGGCAAGAAGGGUAAGGAGAAGAAGAAGGGCCGCGGUGCGGAGAAGACGGCCGCCAAGAUGGAGAAGAAAAUGACCAAGCGCUCCCGGAAGGAGGAGGAUGACCUGGAAGCCCUCAUUGCCCAUUUCCAGACACUGGAUGCCAGAAAGACAAAGAUCACAGAGACGCCCUGCUCCCCACCGUCUGCACGGUUGAAUGCCUCCCUGUCUGCACAUCCUGAGAAAGAUGAGUUAAUCCUUUUCGGAGGUGAAUAUUUCAAUGGCCAAAAAACUUUUUUGUAUAAUGAACUCUACAUCUACAAUAUCAGAAAGGACACCUGGACAAAAGUCGACAUCCCCGGCCCUCCGCCGAGGCGCUGUGCUCACCAGGCGGUGGUGGUACCUCAGGGUGGCGGACAGCUGUGGGUCUUUGGAGGGGAGUUUGCUUCCCCUGAUGGAGAGCAGUUCUACCACUACAAGGAUCUCUGGGUCCUGCACUUGGCCACCAAGACCUGGGAGCAAAUCAAGGCAACAGGUGGUCCUUCAGGUCGGAGUGGACAUCGGAUGGUGGCCUGGAAGAGACAGUUAAUCCUUUUUGGUGGCUUCCAUGAGAGUACAAGGGACUAUGUCUACUACAGUGAUGUGUAUGCCUUCAGCCUGGACACAUUCACAUGGAGCAAGCUGUCCCCGGCAGGGUCUGGGCCCACACCCCGGUCAGGCUGCCAGAUGGCUGUCACUCCCCAGGGCAGCAUUGUCAUCUACGGAGGCUACUCCAAGCAGAGAGUCAAGAAAGACGUGGACAGAGGCACCCAGCACUCUGAUAUGUUUCUACUUAAGCACGAGGAAGGGGGAGAAGUCAAUGACCUGUACUUCUACGAUGCCACCAGGAACCGCUGGUUUGAAGGACAGCUGAAGGGCCCCAAGUCAGAGAAGAAGAAAAGGAGGCGUGACAAGGUGGAGGAGCACACAGGUGCCGACAGGCAGGAGCUCGGGCCCGCCAGCGCCUCAGAGCCCCUGGAGGUGGUCACAGAGGUGGUGGCUGAGGAUGGCACCGUGGUUACCAUUAAACAAGUGCUCAGGACCCCAGGCCUGGUGCAGCAGCCCCCAUCUGAGGACGAGGACAGUGCCAUGGAUCCCAGCAGCCCCAGGGUCCAGCCGUGUCCGCGUUCCAGCUCCAUGCUGGCUGUCAAGCACGGGCUGCUCUUCGUCUAUGGGGGGAUGUUUGAAGCUGGUGACCGCCAGGUGACUCUCAACGACCUGUACUGCCUUGACCUUCACAGGAUGGAGGAGUGGAAGACCUUGGUGGAGAUGGACCCGAAGACCCAGGAGUGGCUGGAGGAGACGGACUCAGAGGAGGACAGCAGCUCAGCCGAGGGUGCAGAGGGGGGAGAUGGGGACCAGGACGAGGACAGUGAGGAGGAGAGUGAUGAAGAGCGAGAAGAGCCACAACACCCAGAGGUGGCACCCGGGGAGCAGUACAUGGACUACCUGGCCAGGACGGAGCAGCACUGGCUGAAGCUUGCUCGUGAUGACUUGGGGCCCGAUACCAAAGAGAAGACAGUGCUAAAGGCGGCCCAGGCCGUGGCAAAGACUUUCUUUAAUGACUCAGCUCAGGGCACUGCUGAGGCCAGCGGUGAGAUGGAUGGUCCAUGAAUUCCCUUGGCGCUGGUGGGUGUGAGCCAGGUGCCACAGAGGUCACUUUCUUAGCCUGGCAAGGCCCCAGCCCUGCUCCUGAGGCUCCGCCCACUGUCAAGGAGCAGCCCCACCCAUCCAUGUUGCUGGGGCCUUAGGGUGAGACCGUGUGGAGGGACCCACAAGAAGUCUGUUUUCUAAUAAAACAACUCUGUGUGCUUUG